CUUUGCUUUCCCUGAAAAGGGAGAACUUAAUCAAAGAAAAAAAGGACAUGCCGAUUUUAUAUUUUGUAAACAUUUCGCUAUAUUCUGCAAAGUUAAUAAUUAAACAAGGUUUAAAACAAUUAAUUUUAGUUCUCACUCCCAGUGUAGUAGUUGUUUAAAACUAAAAACACUACGGAAUAAAAAUUUUACAUAAAAAAGCAGGUAGUUAAUCAAUUAAACAGUAAUAAGUUUACCUGCGCUAACAAAAAUGUAAAUAGGUUGUUAACAACUGGCUGGUAAGACUGAUUACACAUAGCUCAUUAUUUUGAUAUAAUAACAAUUUGAAAUAAAUAUUAAAAAAAAAUAUAAUGCAACAGUCAGAAUGAUAAUUAAGCCUAAAAAUGUGCUGUCGUGCCUUUUUCUUCGACCCUGGUUAGGGGUACCUUUUGGAAUAUGGAUAGCAGUAUCUGUGGUGUAUUACUGGUGGUUGAUAUCUCGGAUAAGUGUACUAGAGACACAGAACAAAGUUUUCAAGACUCAACUUAGGCUUUCACAGUCAGUGCUCAGACAAAUGUCAGUAGAUUCUGUUACAACAUAUAAAAUUCCUGUUAUACCAGAUGCUUUUGGCACUGUCUGUGAAACAGUGCAUGUAGCAUUAGUAUGUAUGGGAAAAUGUAUGAGACUUAUCACUCCUAUGCUGAAGUCACUGCUCCAUCAUCGUCAAAAUCCAAUUCAUUUCCAUUUCAUUGUCGAUGGAUCUUCGCAGCAUACUACAGAAAUACUCUUUGAAUCCUGGGAUUUACCUGAUGUAAAGUACACAUGUUACAAUGCACAAAGUCAACUGAUACAUGUGAGAUGGAUUCCAAACAGUCACUACUCAGGCAUCUAUGGGCUGGUCAAGCUUUUGUUUCCAAACAUACUGCCCGCUAACCUGAAACAAGUGAUUGUUCUUGACUCAGACUUGACAUUCCUGUGUGAUGUUGCGGAAUUGUGGGCAAUGUUUAGGAACAUGACUGAUGAUCAGUUCAUAGGAUUAGUGGAGAACGAAAGUGAUUGGUACUAUGACACAACAAAGCACUGGCCUGCAUUAGGUAGAGGGUACAACACGGGGAUAAUGUUGUUGGAUUUACAUAAAAUCAGAACUUACGUGGACUGGACUUCCUUAUGGCACAACGCAGUAGGCAGCAAUCUGGAUCGCAUGAAACAAACCACACUAGCCGACCAAGAUGUCAUUAAUGCGAUGAUCAUGAAAAACCCCCAGUUUGUGUAUAACAUAAGCUGUCAGUAUAACGUUCAAAUGUCUACGAAGACUUUGGCAAAAAAUUGCUAUGGAGAGGACACAAAUAAUUUGAAGGUAAUUCACUGGAACUCACCUGGCAAGUAUAACAUAAGAAUACGUGAUGCUGACUACUUUAGGAAUAUCCACCAGUCGUAUGUGAACUUUGAUGGGAACUUGUUAAAGGAGAAACUGCAUAGGUGUAGUCAAAGCGAGAGUGUCACAUACAAAAUGAACCAUUCGGACUUGUGUUUAAGUUUCCGAGCUGCUCAAAGAGUCAAACUACGGACUCACCUCUACUACAUGGACUACACUUACACGGACAUAGACAACUUCGACGUGACACUCGUGCUCCAAUUGUCUAUGGAUCGGCUGCAGUUCCUAGAGAGAUUAGUCAAGUAUUGGGAAGGUCCUCUCAGUGCUGCCAUCUAUCUGUCGGACUGUGAGGUGGCCAAGCUGGAAAGCUUCAUCAGGGACUGGUCCGAUACUCUAAGCUCGAGGCGGAAUAUUGGCUACCAUUUAGUUUUCAAACAGGAUUCGGUCCACUACCCGGUAAACUACCUCCGUAACGUGGCUUUGUCUAACGUGAAUACUCCGUACGUGUUCCUAAUGGACGCAGACUUCGUGCCCAUGGCGGGGUUAUAUGACCAUCUGCGAUCCGCCAUACCGCUCGUCAACCCGUACGCGCAGAAGAAGUGCCUAGUGGUAGCAGCGUUUGAAACGCAGCGUUACCGCGCGUCCCCGCCGCGCAACAAGCCCGCCCUACUAGCUCGCCUCGCCAACGCACACAGCGCUGGCGACGUGGCCCCAUUCCGUCUAAGGGAAUGGCCCAAGGGACAUCGCGCCACCAACUACACUAGAUGGGUCACAGCUACUGCGCCAUACGAGGUGGAGUGGCAAUCUGACUAUGAACCAUACUUAGUGGUGCACCGGUCUGUACCCAAGUACGACACACGGUUCUCUGGUUUCGGCUGGAAUAAGGUAUCGCAUAGCGUCGAACUGCGCGCGCAAGGUUACCGCGCCGUAGUUCUGCCCGACGCGUUCGUAGUUCAUACCCCGCACGCACCUUCACCGGACAUUACCGCCUUCCGAGCCGACCCGCACUACCGCGUAUGCUUAGCACUCCUCAAACAGGAGUUCAUGGACGAUCUCAAGAGGAAAUACAACGUUACCUUCGACGAACAAUCCAAACAGGACUCCGUGUUCCUCGGACAAGCGAAAAGUCUAAUACUCGACCAAGCUAAGGAUAUUAACUAAAAAGAUUUUAUUAUUAAUUUAUUAAAAUGUAAUAAAUGACCUGACCUGAUCUAAUAAAAACCCUAAAAAAUCACCUGAUGUUAAGUGCUUGUUUAGCGUAGUCCACUUAAGUUGACAGCUAAUGUGGCAUAAUUAAAUCUUAUUAUUUGCCUUAUAUUUAGUCUAUGUUAAGUUGUAAAAUGUUGUCAGACCAAAUUAUUAAAACUUACCCAAUAAAGCCCUUCCGACCAUUCUAUUCGGUAGAAGUAAAAGAGCUUAAAAGAUUCAAGUGUUCAGUCAGAACUCCACCUUAUUUACAAUGUCACACGGUUCAAAUUGAUAUACCUUUGAAGUUAAUCUGCCGUUAAAAAUUGCAUUCAUACCACCAUACCAUACUAACAGUUGUUACUAAGAACCAAUAAAUUAAAAAAACUUUAGACAGUUCCUUAAUCGUAACCAAAAAGAUUGGAAAUUUGAAAUAAUAAAAAUACCCUAAUCCUUAAGGAAAACUUUCUACAAGUUUCGAAAAAGAGACAAUUUCCUUUCCAAAAAUCCUUAAUAUACAUAGUAUCAUAACUUAACAUAAUAUCCGAAAUAAUCGGAUAUUUUUUUUCUGUGUCCAGAGUCCGUAUAAUUUUCAUGAAAACUAUAUUCUGAUCCAGAUCCGAUAUCGUACUAUAUCCAUUUCCAUUACCACUGGCGAAGCCAGCCCAAUGCGAAUCACAACCUAAAGCGCUUUAUUACAAAACGUAGACUAAAGUUAAACCUGGACUAAAACUGAUGCUGUCACCUAUGUUUGCUUAAAAUAAAACAGAGACAACGUUAGGUUUAAACCAAAACUUUAGUCCGCGUUUGGAAUAAGGGGGACAAUGGUGUCGAUUCUGACAGGAUUCUCUAAACUUAAAACUAAAUUUAACAUUAGCCUGUCCUUCUCAUUCCGUAUAGAGAAUGACAGGGAUUCACUAUUGUCAAAUUUAAGUUUAGCUUUAGAGAAUCAUACCAGAAUCGACACCAAUAUUGUUUUUUUCUACAAUGAAAUAAGGUUUAAAUUUCUAGUAAAUAACACUUGACACUUAACAUAGUUUGAUUGGAUUUCAUAUUGAAUAUUAUGUUGCUGCCACCUCUUCAAUAUUAAGACUGAUUUCUGAUUCAAAAUGUAAACUGAUGUUGUGAUAUUUAUAUGUUGUUAUAAAGAAGUUUCACUUCAAAAAGGUUAUUAAAAAACCUUUUUGAAGUGAAACUUCUUUAGGCACGCUUGACUUGGGGGUAAACUGGCGAAUGUGUUACAGUUACGCGUUACGAUUAGUGUCAUCGGUGACUAAUCGGUAAACAAUGAACAAUACCCGUCACAAAAUAUAUAAAUCUAGAGCUGACUUACAUGUUUACUUGAUGUUAACUAUUGAAAUAUGUUUUUUAAUUAAUUAUACGACGUAAUUUAUCAUUAAUAAAUCAAUAACAAUUUAGUCUUUUACUAAUAAUUCUACGCCAUUUUUUUUCUAUCAACAAAUCUUCAGGUUAAUUUCUGAUCAUUGUAGCUAAAGAAGUUUCACUUCAGUCGUGUGGUCAUUAGCACACUCGCUUUUUUUUCUCCCUUUAAAAUAUGUUCCUUUUAAUAAACUAAAAAUCAAUGAACUCAUCAUUACUUCAGAGACACUUUAGGCCGUUGGCUGUCCGGCUGCAUCUGCAUUAACACCCACCAAGCCACCCUGGGCCUGCGUGGUAAUAGUUAUCCACUCGUAAAUUGUUUACGACUGAAACCUUAUAUCUAACACAGUAAGGAUGAAAAUAUGUGAUAAAUAUAAGUAGUUUAGUUAAUUUUGCAAUGUUUAAAUUACAAAAUGUGAACAGUACAUUAUCAUUUGUGUACACAAAAAUACACCUUAAAAUGAAAAUAUUUUGUGUGUUAAAUAUACAAAAAAUAAGUACCUACCUACCUACCAACCAUGGGUAGUAAAGAUUUUUAUUAUGACUGUAUUCUAUAAUAGUAUAAAUAGUUUUAUUAUUGUCUAACAAAAAAUUACAUUUGGCCUAAUGCUGCAUUUUUUUAACCUGAAACCACAUUUGACAGUUGAUCUUCUUUUCAUUCUCCUUAGAAUAUGAUUAGAAAAUACUAUUGACAAAAAGUAAAACAGACAAAAGUAGUACUUUAAAAUAGCUUGUCUUGGCUAAGUUGCUUGUCCUAAAUUACCAUCCCAGUGCUAAAAUAUACCCUAGUAAUAUUCGAAUAGGUUUGUAAAAUUUUGAUACGCAAUAUCUUGAUUCAAUAUAACAAUUAUUAUCUUUAAUCGAUAUCAAAUUGAUACAACCAUAUUAUAUAAAAACGGAGAUAAGGAACCUGACGAUAAGCAACAACCAUAGCUAAUAGAAAGUUAUGAAGGUAUUGCAGGGAAUGGAGUUUGAAGCAAAUCGAAUUUAGUGAUAAAUUUUAUAUUAUUAUCUUUUUUCACAGAUCGAUGGAAGUAAAAAUAGUGACACCCUAUCACAUAACUCGUUCGAUUUAAAGCUAUAAUCGAUUUUAUGCUAGAAUAGUGUUUAAUCGAUUAUAAGUAUCGAAAUUAUUUUAGUUAUUAAAAAUACUGGUGUUUAAUAAAUUAUUACAAAACCUCAUUAAAUUUAUUAUUUUACCUAGUACAAAUUUUUGAGUGAUGAGCACGAGUAUUUGUUCUGUGUCUGAGUGUGAUUUAUCUAUAAUAUGAUUAAAUAAAUAUCAAAAAAAGCAGUUUACUUUUUAUAUGUUUGUUUAUUCUAAUACCCUGUACCAUUAGAUUUAUUGAUUAUAAUUAAUAAUUUCAUUUAAAAAAAGGUAUAUAAAAAACUAUAUCUUUCGACUUUUUACGUUUGAAUAUUUUUGAGGGUUGGCAACACCAUAUUGUGGUGGUGUAUUGCGCCAUUAAAUUAAAGGGGUCCAUAAAGUACAAUAUUAUCUGUAUGACAUUUUAACGUAAACAAUACGAAAUUUCAUGGGCGUCGAUCUGUCAAAAAAAUAAGAAUAGUUGUAGAUUAAAAUCAAAUAUGUUUACAUUUAUUUUUUUAAUAUUUUUUAAUCAUUAAAAGUAGUUAUGUUUUGUUUUUAUCUUUUAUGCAUUUAACAGCUAGAAGUUUAAAUCUUAAGAGAAUUUUACAAGAAAAAUAUCCACGUGGUCCUGGCAGCAGGAUAGCGGAAGGUGUAGGUUCGAGUCCCGUCGGAUUCUUUUUCUAGUAAACUUUUCUCUAGAUUAGUAUCUUUUAAAUUGUUUUUCUUUGUUGCUUAAAGAAGUGAGUAUUUUUUUUUUACAUUGAAUUUGUAAGAGUUUCAUGUAUUAAAAUAUUGUAAAGAGUAAAGUGUAUUUUUUAAAUGAAGUGCCGUUAGAAGCUUGUAUAUUUUUAUAUUUUAUUUUUAAUUAUUUACUUUUUAUAUUCCUAAAUUAACAUGGUUUAAUCAAAUUGUAAAAGGGAAUAUAUUUUAAUAAUCGAAAUAAGUAAGGCUGUGAGAAAUCUGUUGUUGGUGCGAAAAAAUUAAAUCUAUUCGUUGCCUGUAAAAAGAUGAAUUUUUCAUGCCUAAAUAAUGUUAUAAAAACAUGUUAUAGAAACAUCGUUUAAAGUUUUCCAUAUUUGAAAAUACACACAUCAAAAGUGUCUAGGGAUCAACAUAUAUUUUUGCAAUAACUUUUCUCCUGAUUGAUAUUAAUUAAAAUUUUCUUUAAGGAUUCAUCAAAUAAAGUGUUUUCGUUUGUCACAGUAACGAUAAACCAAGUCACCUUUGCAUUAAUAAAGAAAUUUGCCAUUUUCCUAAUAGAGGGAUUUUUGACAUUUGAACCACUAACACAAAAGUUCGAAAAAAAGACUGAAAUAACAGUUUUCUCUAAAAUUUUAUUGGGUAACUUAAACAAUUAAUAAUCCGUAUUUCUACCGCGAACACUAACAACACAAGAACAUCGGUUUGGCAUACUCAAAAUGAGUUCAUCCAAAUCACGCUGUGGAAUGGCCGCCCAUGUUCGUUGCAACAACAAAAAAAGGUCUUCUUGCGACUGGAUACCCUCCAUAUUCGGCAGAGCUCUUCUCUGUAGCAUAUCCCAUGCAUGCUCAAUCGGGUUCAAGUCUGGCGACUGAGCAGGCCAGGGCAGGACAUUGAUGUUAGCUGCGGCGAGAGUCUGUCUUACAACUCUUGCGGUGUGCGGUCGUGCAUUAUCAUGCAUUAACUGAAAUAAGGGACCGAUUUGCACUUGUAGAGGAACGAUGACGUCUGAUACAAUCGUCUCAGCAUAAAUUUGAGCGUUGAGGUUGCCUCUGAUCCAAAUCAACUCAGUUCUUCCGCCGAUCCAAAUACCCGCCCAUACCAUGAUGGUUCCACCACUAUAAGGAUGGACUUCCUGGCAGGAUUUUAAUCGCUGUUGACGUCCAGGGGUUCUCCAGUGUCGUAUACGUCUUGUAUCCGGUCUCAUACCAAAACGAGACUCAUCAGAAAAGCACACGAAACGCCAUUGUUCUUCUGCCCAAUUUCUGUGUUCAAGAGCCCAUUGAUAUCGAAUCCUACGAUUGUGCAUUGCUAUAGGUGGUACCCGUAGCGGUCUUCGGGAAUGAAGGUUCACUUCAUGCAAGCGGUUUCUGACUGUUUGGUCGCUAAUUAAGUUCCCUGAAGAGUGAUGAAGCCUCACGGCUAACAUCAUGGCGGUUAUUGUUGGAGCUCUUCGAGUUAAGAUUUGAAUGUAUCGGUCUUGUCUCCGUGUGGUGCAGCGAUACCGUCCUCCAUGGCGCUCAGCCACGGUACCAGUGCUUCGGUAUCGUGUCCAAAGUCGACUGAUAACACUCUGACUUGUAUUCAGAGCUAAAGCCACAGUACGUUGCCGGGAACCAGCUUCUAUCAUUCCCACGGCUCUGAGCAUUUCUUCCCUGCUUAAAUGACGUCGCCGCUCCAUAAUAACGUUGGUUUUAAUCAGUAGUAGGGAAACAGUAGCACUAAUAAUGUCUUCAAUGCGUUGUAUGUUUUUUAUAGGGAAAAUAUUGACAGCUGAUUUUCAUCUUUUACUCGAAUUUGAUUCACAGUUCCUGAUUCAAAUUAUGAAAUGCACCAAAAAGGAUCCAUAUAAAUUUAUAAAAUCAUAAAUUUAUUACAAAGCCACAUCUCAAUCUCAAGAAAUCCGUAUAAAAAUGCUUGAUCCCUAGACACUUUUGAUGUGUGUAGGUCUGUGAACAUUUGAAGUUUUAUCUCAUUGCGAUCGAUUUACAUUUCGAAAACUUCAUAUGAAUUUGGAGUCUUAUCUCCGCAUAAUAAAGUACAUUUUAAUACUGAAAUUUUAUGGCGUUGUCGAUACAAACUUGUACUUUAAUCUUCUUGAGAUAAAGCUCAAUCUUCUAUCUAUUUGCUAUUCGAGUGUAAUAACAACUGAAGUGAAUAGAUCCUUAAUUAAUUAAAACUGUAACCUUCAAAUAUGCAAAGGAUAGUCCAUUAUUCACGUGAGGUUAGAAAGAGGGGCAAGAUUUAAAAAAAAAAUUCACGAGGAGGGUGAGAUAUAAUGAGAUAUCACGUGUAUAUAUUUUUCGUUGAUCGCACGAUUUCUAAACCAAACAGCGGCACAUCUCCUAGACUCACCCACACACGAUUGAAAAAUAAUAUUCUGAAAAUUUCCCAUAUCUUUUGUAAGUACUUAAAAAUCAGGUGGUUUUGGAUAUGGGUAGCCUGAAACCUCACGAUGCGUCGCCAAGGGGUGGAGGAGAGGGUUAAAAGAUGCUAAAAGUCACGUGAUUAGUGGACAACCUCCAAGUAAAGGCGCCAUUGCACACUUGGUCGUUAGCCCGUAUUCGGGUCCUCGAAAAAUUACUCGAAUUCGGACACCCGAUGCAAUAAUUACAUUGUUUUACUCUUAUUUGGGUACUGGAACCAUAGAGGUAUAAGAAUAGAGUGGAGAAGGCGGCUCUAAAAUUGUCCGUCUAGUAGAAAGAGAAAGUAGAUGAGAGACCGCUAGCUAUCUCUCUCACCCUUAUGACGUAUGGCAUCCAAUGGUAUCACAUCGAAAUAGUAAGAUGCUUACGGUUGCCAAUGAUUAGAGAGAGAAAGUUAACGGUCUCUCAUCUUCUUUCUCUUUCUAUUACAGGGACACUUCCACUUAUAGUAGAGUCUAUAUCUGCCCUACUCUAUUCUUAUACCUCUAUGCCUCUAUGCCUUAACUUUAAAAAAUAUCAACUUACUUUCAAAUACUAGAAAAAUCUGUUAAAAUAUAAAGCUGCAUAAUUUUUAAGUUUCAUUAAAGUUGAUGCAAACACUGUCCUCGUUAUGGCAACAGAAUGAGACAAUAUGACACUUUUCAUAAGCAUAAAACUUAAUAGGCGCCAGUAUUGCAGUAACGAAAAUAUAAUGUAAAAAUUAAGUUGUUUUUCCCAAUAGUUAAUAAGACUCGUGCACAUACUAGUUAUUAAAUUACAAAGAAUUGUUCAUAUUAAAUUUUAUUUUUAUACGAAAUUAUUUUUGUGUUAACUUAUUGUCUAACUAAUCUUUUUUUCAUGUUCAAAGUCACCUUCAAAGCCAAAAAAUACUGUAAAUAUUAUAUGACGUAACUAAAAAUACCUUUCCCACUUAAAAAUUAAAACAUUCGUAUUCGUGGAAAGAGAAAAAGUAACAAAUAUGUCACAUUUAUGAAGGUUUGUUAGCUAGCUGGAUUGAUGAAAUGUAAAGAGUUUAAUGCUGAAAUGAAAAUAUCAAAUAUGAUGAAAUGUACAGUCAACAAAACACACACACACAAUGGAACAAAGUGUAAUUAAAAAAAAACUAGAUUGUGAACCUUAUGUGAAGUGAAAUAACGCUCAAAGUCAGACAGAUAUAUUAGUCUGUUUUGGAGAACAUACAUACCAAUACCAUGUUUAACCUGAAUAAGGAAUAUACCUUAUUGUAGGAUUACUUAUAGAAUCGUGUCCUAAUUAUUAUUAUUGUAACCUAAUUCUAUACCUAUCUAAUGCUCCUACUUAAACCAAAGAAACUAUUAAAUAUUUUUAUCAUUUCAUAUGUAAAUCUUAACCAACCAUUUGUAUUUUUUUUCCAUCUAGUAUUUUAUUGAAGAUAAAAAUUGUAUUUAACGCAUAAUAUAUUUUUAAGUGAUAAAAUAUUUUUAAUCUAUAACAUCAUAAAUAAAACCAUUCUGUUUCCUUACUCUGAAGUAUUUUAUUAAAUUUUUAAUACUUUCAGUUUUCAGAGCAAUCAGUAAGCUUCGGUCGCAACUAUUCUAGAUUCGGCGUUUGCUAGAAAAUUAUUGUUAUUUGGAUUCUCCUUAGUCGUCAAAAACCACAGCAAGAUUAUAAUCUGGAAAUCCAUCUCUUGUAUGUCCUUCUUCAAUAUCGAGACUGCUUUCUUUGCCGUCACUAGAGGAGAGUUGUCGUUCAUUGAGGACCCUCUAGAUUCCGUCCUUUGCUUUAUAUUUUCUACUUUAGCGGUGAUUUCAUUCAGCGUUUCUUGUCUCUCAGUAACACCAACACUAACUUCCUGAUACUCAUGCGUGACUUUAUUCAGUUCGUCUAGCAGUGAACCGUACUCUCUCACCGAAGGCUCGAAUUGUUCAUUUAUUAUAUUCUCCCUGGAUGUUAUUUUGUCUAUCACCGAACUUAUGUUAGAGUGCAGUUUGUUCAAUUGAGUUCCUGUGGUUUUGAACUUAUCCAUUAAGUCGUCCCUGAAACUCCUCAUUUGCGCAUGUCUCGCACGCCAAUCACGACCGUCCGCAGUUAUCUUAAGUCUCAACGCUGGUGCUACUCUCUCCAGUUCCAAUUUCCAUGCCUCCCAAUCAUGAACUUUAUUACUAAUAUUAUUUGAUUCCUUUUCCUCUACAUCGCCGUAUUCAUCGUCAGACUCGUCUGAAUAUAUUUCCAUUUCUUCUUCCACCUUAUCAAGGAUUAUUUCAGUUUCAUCUUCAACUUGGUCCAAGUCAUCCGUGUUUUCUUCAGUCUCGUGAAUGUCUACAAUCGGUUUUUGCCAUUCGAAAUUUUGUGCUCUCAUCGCUUCUUGCGCUAAAACGUUCAGAAUAUGACACACUUGUUCACCGUUACCCGGUUUCAGUUUAUUAGGAGAAACUUCAACGGAAAUAUCCUUUUCUCUUAGGAAAUCGAUUAUAUUUGUGAUUAUAGUAUUAGGGUCAUCUUCUUCGUGUGGCUGUUCGAAGUCUUUACCGGUUUUUCUGAUGAGCCAAGCGGCUACAGAUGCGAACAUAUAAAAUUGCUCCCCAGGGUUGGUCGAAGCGAUAAAAUAGUAUCUACUCAUUGGUUUCAUCUUUAUUUGUGGACGCAAUUCUGUGUCUAUUUUUAAGAGACGCAGCUUAUCCAUUAUGUUUAAAUCCAUUGCUGUUAUAG